AGAUGGCGACAUGACCGCGAUAACAAGCGUUCUGGUUUGGUUGGGUUAUGUUAUCAUGUGAACAAGUUGUCCUGUCAAUCUAGAAUUCGUACAUUUUUUUCUUUUCUGGUAUUAUUUUAUUUUUAUUUUAUAAGAAAUAAUGACAGAAAUAAUCGAGUUACGUCCUAAUAAAAGUUUGAUAAACUCGUCUUUUGAGAAGUAUCAAUUUUCUAAUGAGAUUGUACCAGUAAUUUCCGAAAACAAACUAUGUAAUCAUGUAUAUAGAUUGGAGCCAAAUCAUAAUCAAGAGUCCUGGCUGGAAGCAAGGCUCUUCGCUUUUCAUAAUCAUUUAUUUAACAAUGUGUAUGACAUGUCAUGCUGGUUUAUCGAUGAGACCUCGGCCAUCUGGCGUUUAGAUAAAGAUGGUUCCUUAGAUCAAGUGUAUAAAUUACAUACAAAAAAAUGCCCAUCAAAUGUAAUUUAUAAUCCAUCGGUUGGAUUUACCUCAAAUAAUAUUGUCGCAAUUUCUGAUGGUGGUGAAAGCCUGCAUAUAUUGAUAGGAUAUACGAGAGAAAAUAGAAAGGUCUUUCCAAUGACUCUUGAAGAGCCUGGAAUCAUCAUGAAUGUUCAAUAUGUAGAAGAAAGUUCAAGAAUUAUUUUAACAAUGUGUGCCAUUGCUGCAGACGAUAACCAGAAGAAAUAUACACGCCUCACGUUACUGUCAUUUAAUUUGUGCAUUGAAAAUGAAAUAACAGAAGUUCAUAAUAUAGAUAAACAGAUAUUAAAGGUACAAGGUACAGUAGAUUAUGCCUAUGUCGAAGAAACUGGAAAUUAUUUACAUUCCAUUUGUCAGGAUAAUAUCAGAUUUGAGAAUGAGAAUGCACAAGAAUCUGUAACAGAACAGCCAAGUGUCAGUUCGCAAAUAACGAUUCCAAAGUACUAUUGGUCGCAGGAUGAAGAUUCGCUUACUGUUUGGAUUAAAGUACCGAAACAGCAUGGCAAUAAACAACCUAAAAUAAAUGUGAAGUCAUUAGAACUGUCUGUUACAAUAGAUAAUGAGAUAUUAAUACAAGGACAAUGCCAACAUAGAUUGGAGGAGAACAUGGCCACUUGGAGGCACAAGGAAGGCACUUUGCAAAUUGAUUUAAGUAAAUAUGAAAAUGGAUUGAUGUGGAGCGAAUUGAUCAAAGGUGAUACAGGAGGUGAAUGUUUACCCAAUGAAGCUCUUGCUUCAGAAAUUCAUACAAGGCUAGCACAUUUAUGUACAGACCAACAAAAUAAUAGUGUUGGAGGAGAUCAGCCUUGUGUGGGGUUCAACGCUGAGCAAUUAGAAGAGUGCGAUCUAGAAGGAAAAGAUAACUUUUUGCAAAGGAUCAAUCUUCUAACACGGGCAACUACUCAUCUAGCUAGAUUAGGAAGCAACAAUCAUGUUUUGUUUACGUACAAAAGAUGUGGGCAAAUAGUAUGUUUAAGAUACGAUCACGAUGCCUGUAUCUGGGAAAUAGGCAACGGGAACGACGAUACUCAGUGGAAUUUGAAACACGUCCACAGUUUUCCUGGAUUUGGCUACGUCGAAGCUAGCAAAACCAAUAAAAAAUUUUGCGUGUCUCCGAUUGCUCAGCCAAGCUAUGCGCCAGCGACUGGAACAAGUGAAAAUCAGAAGGGGCCAAGUCUGGUGAAUACGGCGGGUGCGGUAACAGAUCCCAUUUCAGCGUUUUGAUGGUGUCCUGGACGAUGGAAGUGCGAUGAUGGUUCGUACAUAGCUAUAGUAGAACACACGAGACAUGUGUUUUUGUACGAAAAACCUGAUGCCAAAGCAAAGUCCGCCAAACAGAGAAUUGUGGACCUCGACUGCCAAGCUUCCCCCAUUAUGGGCGUCGUUGCUACAAAU